AUGAAGUUCAUCUAAGCGGGAUCGAAAACGCUACGGUCUUCGGCCAGUCAUCUUCCUCGGGAACUACAGGCGUUGGUGUAAGUCCACGGUCUCUUGCUGGAUUCUUCCUGCACGACGUGGAACGAUGGCGGAUGCGCAAUUACUAUGCCGCACGUCACGGGCACGCCAUUGGAUCUACUUCUACACUCCCUGAAGGCAGCAACACAAGACUCUGGUGCACAUCCCAGACGAAAUUAAGGCUGGCUGCGAAAAAUGGCCCUACUAACAAACUAACUUCUUCAUCUUCAGAGCAGAGGGAGCAUACUUAUCUUGUUAUCACAUUUCGAUUUCUCCAAGAAGUGCGUACGUAAGAAUUACGUGCAUUCAUAGGGGCCUCGGUUUUUAUGAUAAUGACUUAUACCUACAAGAAGUCGUUAUAGCCCUUGUAGGAACCUGGUGGAUUACAAUGAAUUAUGCCUACAACUUGUUAGAGACGUCCGACCUACAGACUCGCUAUAGCACAUAGUAUGGAUAUUUGGCGAAGGUCUUGGUCUAUGCAGCGGAGAAGAAGUGGAAACCGCUAAAAUGAGAGGAAUCCGAAC